AUGAUUGUCUAUAGGACGUUGGACAAUGCCAAUGAGUUGUCCGACUAUCACGACCUUACAUGUGAGCAGUUUGAUCGAGUCCAACACAUCCUCUCCAGCGAGUCCAUCUUUGACUUCAAGAACAACCUUCGCUGUUCCACCGACCUCAUCUCAACCAUACUCAAUCCCAAUGACUUUACAUACAUUGAUGAUACAUGGAUAUAUGACAAGUCACCAUUAGCCAUUGUCCAUGAAUAUUACUCUACAUGUGGGGGUGGGAAAAGCUUCAAUCCUGUAAAGAUUGAGAUGGCUUCGGCUGGUCCUUACGCCUGUAUAUAUAAUAUUCCUGGAUCAACUCCAACGAGGACAAUGGCCAGUGGCAUCUACCCUCAGCUCAAGAAGGCACAGGCAAACCUUGCCCACAAGGUACUGAUAUACUUUUGCAAGAGACAACAGGCAAUGCUCAAUGGAACACCAUUCAACUAUGAUGAGCACAGCUUUGAUGAGCUUCAAGAGGCACAAGACAAGUACAACGAGGAAAAGAAGAUUGCCAAUGAGAAGAGGCAACAACAACCACAACAACAACAACAACAGAUGGUGCAGGAUGAGUAUGUGCAUGUGAAUAAGGAACAACAGCAGACUGAACAGCAACAGACUGAACAGACUCCAGCACCAGUGGUGGAUGAAUCAAACAAUGACUAUAUUGUUAUAUUCGACAAGUUCAAACUUCCGCGAUCAUGUACCAUCGUCAACCUCUCCAAGGACGAGCUGUGCAAGAAGUUCAUCAUACAAGAAGGUCGAAAGGACUAUCCCCAGUUCGCAUCAAAAGUUGCAAUCAAGUACUCGACACACUUGUUGGACGGCACUUUGAUAGACGAGACAAACAAGACAGAGUACUUUGAGAUUGGUGUCAGUAGUCUGACAAGAGGCUUGGAACUGGCUUUAUUCAAUAUGAAGGAGAAGGAGAAGUGUUUGGUGGUGGUACCUCCAGAGUACGCGUAUGGAGAGCGAGGUGCUCCACCACUCAUCCCACCCAAUCAAACAUUGGUCUAUCACAUCGAGAAUGUCACCAUUCAGUACAAGUCAACGCCGGACCAGCUCAUCAUUGAUACAAUGCCCGUGAGGGACCGUCUCAAUCAACUGAAAGAGUUACGCGAUGAGGGCAAGAGAUCAUUCAUCAACCACCACUAUGGCCGUUGUCUCAAGGUCUACAAGAACGCCCUCAAGUACCUCUCACUUCACACACUGGGCAACGUGACAGAGGACGAAUGGCAAGAGAUACACGAACAUGGCGCAUCGAUUUGCGUCAAUCUUGCUGUGUGCUACGCGAGCAUGAGCCCGCCCGUGUGGGACAGAGUGCGCGACUACGGUCUCAUGGGACUGGACUUCGCCGACGACAAUCCCAAGAUGUACUACUGGAUAGCCAGAGGCUAUUAUCAGCUGGGCACGCUGGACUUGGCACUGGAGAACAUUGACAAGUCCCUUGCAUACGGUGGGGCCACAACGCCCGACCCUAAGGCAACGCAACUCAAAAAGACAAUCACACAUGACAUCCAGAAGAACAAGGUGGAUGAGAUGAAGAUGUUCACAAAGAUAUUCGAGGAGAUGGGCAAGCAAGAAUAG